UACCAAGGCGUCCGUGUCUCCAAAUCUCCCUCGAAAAAAAAAGCGGCGGCUCUAAAUCUCUCCGCCGUGCUAAACCCUAGCUUCAGCGCCGGCGGCCCAAUCCCGCCGCCGACGCUUCGAUCCCCCGCCCGCUCCCUCCCAGCUCUCCCGCGCGCCUCCUCCGCCGUCGCCGACCCCGCUCCUCCUCGCCGGGGACAUCGCGUUGCCGCUGUCUCCGCCCCGUGAGCGAUGGCAACCCAAGCAGGAAGCCCGGCCGCUCCUCGUUUGAGUCCCCAAGUGAUCUGCUCUGUAUUUGUUGAGCAAUAUUACCAUAUUCUACAUGAGACACCAGACCAGGCGCACAAGUUUUAUCAAGACGCAAGUAGGAUUGGCCGGACAGGUUCUGAUGGAGUCAUGGAAUACGUAACAACAUUGCCUGAGAUCAGCAAGAAAAUUAUGGCCAUGGACUUCAGCAAAUACUUAACAGAGAUUGAGACUGCAGAUUCAGUGUUAUCUCACAAUGGUGGUGUUCUCAUUGUGGUUACUGGAUCAUUGACCAUGGUUGAUGACUGCCAACGAUUUACACAGUCGUUCUUCCUGGCACCACAAGAUGGUGGCGGCUAUUUCGUUCUCAAUGAUAUUUUUAGGUUGAUAACACAAAGGAAUCUCGAAAACGGAAAAGCUCAGAACGAUGGGCCUGUUGCUCAAACAGUAGCAGUUCCUACAGCUGUGGUGGUGGAGUGUCCGACUACUGACCCUGUUGCUGAUGUGGAUGUUCGAAAUCCCACUGUUAAUGGCACAAUUGUUCAAAGUAACCAGACUGCUAAUGGAACUGUUGAAAAUAAUGUAGAGCCACCUGCGAAGGUGACCAAAGAGGUUCCCAAAAAGAUAUCUGUUGCUGUUUCCCCCUCUCCUCCUGCUCAGAAGGAUAACCCUCCUCCAGCUCAGAAGGAUAUUCCGAAAAAGACCCCUGUUGCUGCUUCUCCCCCUCCUCCUUCUCCAGCUCAGAAGGAUGUCACGAAGAAGACUUAUGCAUCAAUUGUGAAAGUCAUGAAGGAGGCCCCACCAACUCCAGUUGUCAAACCUAAGCCAUCUCCUAAACCUGCGACCAAGCCUGUGACCAAGGCCGUUGAAGGUUCAGAAAAAUCUUCUGUAAAGCCUUCGCAGACUGCUGAAACCACUCCAGCUGGCACAAGUGUUGCCAAGAAUAAAACUUCUCAUGAUGAACAAGGCUAUUCGGUUUUCAUCAAGGGUUUGCCUUACAAUUCGACUGUCCAAAUGGUUGAAGAAGAGUUCAAGAAAUUUGGUACGAUCAAGCCAAGCGGCAUCCAAGUUAGGAACAACAAGAUUGAUCAAUACUGCUUUGGGUUUGUUGAAUUUGAAUCCGAGCAAUCUAUGCAAGCAGCAAUUCAGGCAUCUCCACUUUAUAUUGGUGACACUGAAGUGGGCAUUGAGCAGAAACGAACCAGCACACGAGUUGUGAAUGGCGUCGUCAUGAAUGCUGGCGGAGGGGGCCGUUUUCAAUACGGGAGGGGGCACCGUGGUGAUAACUUCAGAGGACGGGGAGGUGGCUACAUGAACAGUGCAAGCUACCGUGGUGGUGAUAACUUCAACAGGAGGGAUGACGGCGAAGACUUCACCAGGAGGGACGACGGCGAUAACUUCAACAGGAGGAACGACGGCGGUGAAAACUUCAACAGGAGGAAUGACUUCCGGAACCGGAACGAGUUUUCAGGUCGUGGGCGAGGGCCUCCCCAGGGGAACGGGUAUCACAACCACAACGGGAAUGGCUUCCACCAGCCACGGCCCUUCCAGAACGAUAACGGGAGGUACGCCCGUGUCAACAAUGGCCCGAAGCAGACACCGGUUGCUGCUGCAUAGAGGUGCUCCCAGGGGGAACCCUGUUUAGGGGAGCUUCAGAAUAGUGGAUUAUUUUUUGGGGACUCGUUACGAGAGUUUAGCGCUGGUCGUUUGGUGGUGUAAGGUGAAUUUGGCUGGUAAACGUCAAUUGGUUGGCUGUGUUGCGAAAAUUGAACUGCGUUGACUGGAACUCUGUGGUCUGGAAUGUGGAAGCGAAGUUCUGUUUUAUGUUGUCA